AGCCCCGGAGGCCGGCGCUGGAGGAGCGGCGCGCGCGGCCGGGACGAUGCUGCGGGUGCGGUGUCUGCGCGGGGGCAGCCGCGGCGCCGAGGCGGUGCACUACAUCGGGUCUCGGCUGGGACGAACCUUCACAGGAUGGGUGCAGCGAACUUUCCAGAGCACCCAGGCAGCUACGGCUUCCUCCCGGAAUUCCUGUGCAGCUGACGACAAGGCCACUGAUCCUCUGCCCAAAGACUGCCCUGUCUCCUCCUACAACGAGUGGGACCCCUUAGAGGAAGUGAUAGUGGGCAGGGCGGAAAACGCCUGCGUCCCACCAUUCACCGUGGAGGUGAAGGCCAACACAUAUGAAAAGUACUGGCCAUUUUAUCAGAAGCAUGGAGGGCAUUUUUUCCCCAAAGAUCAUUUGAGGAAGGCUGUGGCUGAAGUUGAAGAAAUGUGCAAUAUUUUAAAAAUGGAAGGAGUGACAGUGAGAAGACCAGAUCCCAUCGACUGGUCCCUGAAGUACAAAACUCCGGAUUUUGAAUCUACAGGUUUAUACAGUGCAAUGCCACGUGACAUCCUGAUGGUGGUGGGGAACGAGAUCAUCGAGGCGCCCAUGGCUUGGCGUGCACGCUUCUUCGAGUACCGCGCAUACAGGUCAAUUAUCAAAGACUACUUCCACCGCGGCGCCAGGUGGACGACAGCUCCGAAACCCACCAUGGCCGAUGAGCUUUACGACCAGGAUUAUCCUAUCCAUUCUGUGGAAGACAGACACAAAUUGGCUGCUCAGGGAAAAUUUGUGACGACUGAGUUUGAGCCAUGCUUUGAUGCUGCUGACUUCAUCCGAGCUGGAAGAGAUAUUUUUGCACAGAGAAGCCAGGUUACAAAUUAUCUGGGCAUUGAGUGGAUGCGUCGGCAUCUUGCUCCAGAUUACAGAGUACAUAUCAUCUCCUUCAAGGACCCCAAUCCAAUGCAUAUUGAUGCCACCUUCAACAUCAUCGGGCCUGGUCUUGUGCUUUCCAACCCUGAUCGACCAUGCCACCAGAUUGAUCUUUUCAAGAAAGCUGGAUGGACCAUAGUUACCCCACCAGUACCGGUCAUCCCAGAUGAUCACCCACUCUGGAUGUCUUCCAAAUGGCUUUCUAUGAAUGUCUUAAUGCUAGAUGAAAAACGGGUUAUGGUGGAUGCCAAUGAAGUCCCAAUUCAAAAGAUGUUUGAAAAGCUGGGUAUCAGUACCAUUAAGGUUAACAUUCGAAACGCCAAUUCCCUGGGAGGAGGCUUCCAUUGCUGGACCUGCGAUGUCCGCCGUCGCGGCACCCUUCAGUCCUACUUUGACUGAGCAGGCCUGGUGGAGCCGGAGGCACGGCCUCAGAUAGAACCUGAGACGCUUAGGGGCAAGGUUCAUUCUCCCGCUUUAAAAACUGCAUGAACUAUAGUGCUUUAAACAAUCAUAUCCUUCACAGGGGGUCUCAAGCCUGGUUUACUUGUAUUACUUUUCUUUGACAUAAGGAAAAUAACUUCUACUAGGUAUUCCUUUCUUCUAAAGUUAGUUACCAUUUGGCUUCAAGUAUAAAAAUUGGGUGAAUGUAUACCAAGACAAAAGUUAGUCACCUGGAUAACUUGGCCACUAAUAUUUAACCAUCUACCUCUGUUUUAUAAUUUUCUUCCCCAAAGGCAGCUUGAAAUGUUGGUCCUAAUCUUAAUCUUUUUUUCCUUUUUGAUAGACUCAUGAAUGUUUGUAUGAGUUUUUUCUAAAGGAGAAACAGACGUAAAAAGGUACAGAUCCUAAAUAGAGCCAAACGACUCCCUUUUUCUGAAGAAUUUGGGAAGUUCUUAAUCUUUUGUUCUUAAAACAAUACCCUAGACUAUGCAAACAUUAAAGUGGAUUUUCCACAAAUAUUGUUAACAUCUCAGCAGUUAUGAUAUGUGCUACUAGAAAUCAUGUCAUACAACUUACCUCAUUUCAAGUGAAGUAUUUUGAUCUUUUUCCUCUUUCCAAAACUUUUCACAGCUAUUUAGUAUGCUAGGAUAUAACUAUCAGUUCCCACCCCUGUAUUUUAAUGCUCAACAUCUAAUAGGUACAUUGCAUCUUCAGCAGUCUAAGAUUUGUUUACAUAUGCGCAAAUUAUUUAAAGCAUAGACUGUAAAAGCACUUUUUAAAACUAAUGGUGGUAAAAACCUAUAUGCGAUAUGAAGUAAUUUUACUGUUGGAUAAUGUACAUGUAUUUUUAUUCUAAUAAACGUUUGUGCUUCAGAUUGGA